AUGCAGAACCAGGAGCACAUUAGAGGCGUCACAAGCGACGGAGUGGGCUUCAACACGAGUGAUAAGUGGGCCAAGUUCUACCCGAAUCAAGAGGUGGCGGUGGUUACUAGCAUCGGACAGCCACCGGUUCCACCUGAAGGGUAUGUUCCACUACGUCAUGGUCACAGCCGUGAUGCGCAGAUCCCUGAAGCUGCUUUAAUCUUUGAAGAAGGCGUACCAAACGGCUUCUCGGUGGACACGCUGUUGUGGAACGAAAAGCUGCUGGAGCAACGUAUCAUGCAAUUGACUGCGUGGACUAGACGGUCUCCGAUGCCACGCCGCCAGAAGCUCGACCGCAUCAACUGCAUGGUCAACCAAUGUAACACUACAAAUACCAAGACUUUCUGA